CGAUAGGGAAGUAACCCUGUAUCCCAGUGACAAUGAGACGAUUGUAACUUAAGCUAAGUUUUCAGAGUGGAGUUUACCGAAACCCCGCUGACUUUCAUCAGUUAAAGCACAACUGAACCAUGGCGAGUAUCCAGAUCCGGAAGUAUCGGGAUGAUGAUGCUGAGGCUGUGAAGGAGGUUUUCACUAUGGGAAUGAGCGAGCACAUACCUUCAUCCUUCACCCACCUCCUCAAACAGCCUCCAACACAGAUGGUGCUCAUGUGCACGUUCUGCGCUCUCAUAACCAGCUCCAAGUCCUUCCUGCUCCCCGUCCUGGCCAUCACUCUCGUACUAGCUGCUGCCAGACAGCUGGUCAUUUACAUCUUCAACAAAUACAUCGACACUUCCCUGAAGAGAGACCUUGACAGCAUCACUGAGACGUACCUGAAGCAGAAGGACUCGUGUUUUUGGGUGGCAGAAUGUGACGGUCAGGUAGUUGGCACCAUUGCCUGCCUUCCUAACGAGAAAGCUCCAGGAUGCUUGGAGUUGAAACGUAUGUCUGUACUCCGCAGUCACCGCAGGUUGGGCAUCGCUAAAGAUCUGUGUCAGACAGUCGCCGACUUCACCCGUGAGAGGGGUUAUGGAGCGGUGAUCCUGUACACCUCUACUGUGCAGACUGAUGCUCAGAAGCUGUACGAGCACUUGGGUUAUGAGAGGAUCAGGGAGUUUGUUAUACCUGAGCUCUUUGCCAGAAUCAUGAACUUCACUCUGAUUGAGUACAGACUGGAUUUACAAAGAGACAGAAAGUGACCGAGUUUAAUUUAAACUGGAAAAAAAGAGUUGCGUCCAUUUCUGCUCAGACGUUUGAGCAGGAAAGUGAACAACAAAACCAAAUAUUAAAGGGUAAUAAUGCUUUUAUGUCUCUAAUAAUCCACUUAGUUAACUUAGUCAUUUGAUUUUUGAACUUUAAUAGAAUUAAUUUUUGUGGACAUAAUACAUUAUUGUUUCAGUCUUCAUUUAAUGUGAAAUACAAGCACCUGAAAUGUGUCUUCAAGAUUUUUUUCCAGUCACUAGUAAAAAAUCCUUUACACUUAUGACUGAAUUAAUGUCAUUUGUAGAGAGAACGUGUACAAAGUUAAACCUUAAUAUUAUCCAUGGCCUCAGUUAGCUUAAAGCUAUUUUACAGCUUCAAUUCUUUGGCAGGUCUGGCUGACCCUUUGUGUGCCCUCUGUUUGAACUGUUGACCCAUCAAUCGGAGAGCCCUCUUUCACAGCAAGUCCCACUUCCCCUGGUUACUGUUACUAGACUGAGCAAAGUGUCUCUGUACCUGAGCUUCAUCCCAUUUGAAAAAAUUAAAAAUAGCCUGUGAUUUGA